AUGGAAUUCCCUGAAUUCGUGCUGGUUGAUUGUGUCAUGAUGCUAGAAGUCUGCGAAGUGGAGGUGGAACGUCUUGUGAAGGAUUUGUUUGGGAUACCAGUGGAAUCGGUGAUGGGGGUUCGGCAUCUUCUCCUUGGGAAAGGCGUGAAGCUGACAUCGAACACAUCCGACCCUGAAAUCACUCUGAAGGGUGUUCGGGACGAAAGUAUUCUUCGUGUGUUUGGCCAUGAGGUUUAUCGAGCAGUACGGGCAAGCAAAAUGUACAGGAUGGAAUUGCAGGAGAAAAAGAUAUCCGUGACAGAAUGCGUGUCGAUGAUAUUUACAAGUAAAUCUGACAAAAGAGGCCUGAAUCAACUUAUGUCUGGAUCUGAAAGAAGAUCUUGA